GCCAGUAAUUAAACGCUUCCGGGUGUGAAUAGUUGCGUUUCAAAUAGCUAAUUACUGAACAUAUAAGACACUAAGGGUAUAUAAGCCAUUUCCUACGUAGUGCACUAAUAAAGAGUUUUAUUUGAGAGUCCGCCAAUGACUAAAUGCUUCCGGGUGUGAAGUGUAGCGCACUAUUUAAGAUGUAAAAUGUAACACACUACGUAGUGCACUCAUACAGAAAACAGGGUUUUGGUUGAGAUUCCGCCAAUAACUAACAACUUCCGGGUGUGAUAUUAACCACUUCCGCUGGUCAAGUAGGCGUAGACAGUAACAAAACGUCAUUUACGCGCGAAAAAGUGGUCGUGACUUUAUGUAGCGGAGGUUUUGUUCAGAUUAUAGUUGUGUUAGUUGUAGAUUUAGGUUUUAAAACUUUUAUCUUGAGUUUACAGCGAGUUGUACUAUUCUUACACGGUCAAUGUGCACACGUGCAACCGGAUUAACACGCAUUAAUAUAAUUUAAAGGAGUUUUAAAGGGAAAUGAGUCGUUACUUCACAAGACUGCGCGUGCGAAGAACUUACACAUGGCCCGGAAAUCCGAUCAGUGAAGACAGAAAGCUGAAGAGACUCUAUCACGAGUCUUUGACCGUAUCUGUGGAAGGAAGGCCGGACGAUGUAGUGGUGUCAGUGGGUCAGUGCAUUCUGAUUGAAGGAGAUGACGAUGACAACCCGUACGUCGCACAGCUCCUCAAGCUUUUCUGUGAUGAUACGGGUAAGCAGAAGAGGGCGGUGGUGCAGUGGUUUGUGCGGAUGUGUGAAAUACCCCAGAACAAAAGGAAGUUACUGGGCCGGGACCCUCAUCCACAAGAAAUCUUUUACUACCAGGAUCGCUCCUGUGAAAAUGAAGUGGACGCUCAGACCAUCCUAGCAACAGUUCAGGUUAAACACAUUCCUGCUGAGGCUCCUUUCCCUGAUGACAAGAGCAAAGACACUCUGUUUGUUAAACUUACAUGGGACACUAAGAAAUUUCAAGUCAUGGAUUCUGAGUUGAUUAAGCCCCCUCAAAGCCCUAAAUCCCCACCGCCGGCCCAGCAUGCACGACGACUCCGUGCUCUCCCCACCCCGGACCCCAGCGUGAUGAAGCGGGCCAUGUCCGGCGUCAGCACGCGCGGCAGCAUGAGCACCGGCAAGAUGGCUUCCACCGAGGCCGAGUCGGCUCACUCCGCCUCCAAACUGUCCGCCGCUAAACUACUGAACGUGAAGAGGAGAGGCAGAGUCUCCUCCAACCCAAACAUCCGCAAGAAGCUCGACCUGUGCAGUCCGAGGAAGAAACCGACAAGAGACGAUGUUCUUGGAGAGAUAUUGGAUGAUGACAAGGAGACGGAGGAAGUGCUGGGCAGCAAACUAGGUGCUUCUCCACCUCGUCGCAUCUCCAUCUCCAUCCAUCUGACCCCACUCCCAAGCACAGUCUCUAACACACCUGAGGAGGAGAAUCUGUCCAUCCAGCCUCUGCAAAGCCCCGAUAAACCCAGUCACUCUGCCUGUGAUACCUCCUCCACCAGGGACUUGCUCGGGGUCGAGCCUCUGGAAGACAAUGUGUUUGAGUCAGAGCCACUCAUCGGUAAAGGCAGGACUCCUCGUAGGAGAGAGGCCACUCCCAGGAGAGCUGGUCUGAGGGGGCACAACGCAAGAACUCCAUCCAGGAGGAGAGAGUCAGCUACGGUCCGAGAGCCUGCUCUUGCCGUGCUGGCUGAAGAAGAGCACGAAGAUUCGCCUCCGCAAACUACUGCCACUCCACUCUCCAAGAGGAAAUCGGCCCAGCUUGUGUCCUCUCGCAUACGAAAGCAGCUGAACAUCUUGACUAGCCAUGAUGACCUGCAGUCUGAUGGGGAAGACGCUGAUGAUGACGGCUGUUUCGUGCCCUCUAAGAUUGAUCUGGAGAGCAGCAGUGAAGAGGAAGAGGAGACGAAAAUGGACAGUGAAGACGAGCUCGUGGUGAAGAGGAGUAGGCGAUCGGCAGGUCCGAGAACACCGUCAACUGAAAGGACCCGUGCUUCUGCAAGAACCCCUCGCAAAACUCCGAACAAGAAGUCUGCUCCUCCCACUCCCCGUACGCCUCGACAUGCCACUCCCAGCAUUCCUAGCAGAAGUCUGCCAGCCAGGAAGCCUGGGAAUGUAUUGGAGGAAGCAAGGGCAAGGUUGCAUGUAUCUUCAGUUCCCGAGUCUCUGCCAUGUCGAGAGCAGGAGUUCCAAGAUAUCUACAACUUUGUGGAGAGCAAGAUCAUGGAUGGCACUGGAGGGUGUAUGUAUAUCUCAGGCGUUCCUGGCACGGGGAAGACGGCCACGGUGCAUGAAGUGAUCAGGUCUCUGCAGCAGGCAGCAGAUCAGGACGAGAUCCCACCGUUCCGCUUCAUAGAGAUCAACGGCAUGAAGAUGACCGACCCGCACCAGGCCUAUGUCCAGAUUCUGCAGAAACUGACUGAUCAGAAAGUGACAGCGGACCAUGCUUCUGCCCUGCUGGAGAAACGCUUCAGUACACCAGCACCGAAGAAAGAGACCACAGUGCUGUUGGUGGACGAGCUGGACCUUUUAUGGACCAGGAAGCAGAAUGUCAUGUAUAAUUUAUUUGACUGGCCAACGAGACGGCAUGCGCGCCUGGUGGUCCUGACUAUCGCUAACACUAUGGACCUGCCUGAGAGGAUCAUGAUCAACCGUGUAGCCAGUCGCCUGGGGCUGACGCGCAUGUCCUUCCAACCGUACACUUUUAAGCAGCUGCAGCAAAUUAUCACAUCUCGCCUGAACCGAGUAAAAGCUUUUGAGGAAGAUGCUCUUCAGCUGGUCUCCAGAAAGGUUGCAGCGCUGUCAGGUGAUGCGCGUCGCUGUCUAGAUAUCUGCAGACGUGCUACUGAGAUCUGUGAGCACUCUGGUCAGAAGGGUGCCAUCGGAUUGGUUGGAAUGAGUCAUGUGAUGGAAGCCUUAGAUGAAAUGUUCUCUUCCUCCUACAUCACGGCUAUCAGAUGUGCCUCUCUGCAGGAGCAGCUCUUCUUGAGGGCCGUGAUUGCAGAGUUUCGCAGACUGGGUCUUGAAGAGGCCACCUUUCAGCAGGUGUUUGUACAGCACCAGGCUCUGUGUCGGGUAGAAGGCCUACAGCCCGUGAGCGUGUCUGAGAGCCUGGCAGUGUGUCAGAGGUUAGGAGCUUGUCGUCUGCUCCUGCUUGAGCCCAGCCGUCUGGAUCUUCUCCUCCGUGUUCGCCUCAAUCUCAGUCAGGAUGAUGUGCUGUAUGCCCUGAAGGCAGACUGAGAAUGUGUGUGUGUGUAAUGCUAUCUAACUCAAAGAAACUUUACAUUAAAACCUCAGUAAAGCUGAAAUGGAGGACAUACUUGAUUGGAUUUAUACCCCUGGACCAAAUGAUACUACCUGGUACUGCUUGACUAGAAGUAUCAGACUGGCUGAUGUCUUUAGAAGUUAACAGAAGUAGUGCAUCUUCUUUCAAUGCACAAGUGAUGCAAGAUCCCUCACAGGAAAUGUAUAUAUAUUAGACUCAGACUCUGGCAUUCUUUGGCUAGUGGCACUGAGCACUUAAUGCUUUGUAUGUAAAAUAACAGUAUUUUUUACAUCAAUCUGGGCUUCUCAGUUAGGUAAUUUUACUAAUUCUCUGGUGUUGAGCACAAAAUAGACUGAUUACAAGUAAAGAAAUAUUUCAUUUUUAACAUUGGAGAGCAAGCCUCCCCCUAUUGUGUUCACUGCUUAUAAUCCAGUAAGGUCUGUCUCAUUAUGUGUGUGGGAUGAAGUUUGUAGCGCUUUCAAGAGCCAAAUAAUAUUUUAUGAUCUUUAUGGUUUUAGUUUUAAUAUACAUGAACUCUAAAUAAAGCUGUCGAAAAUAA